AUGCUCACCUCGCGCGGUGUACACCGUCUCUCUCGCAGAGCGCUGAACAGCGCGAAGAAGACGAACGCGUUCUUCUCGACGGCUGCUGCCGUUCCCAUCAUCGCUCGUGCAGCGUCUGCACCGUCCUCGUCACAACGCGCGCAGGCUCGUGCCCCUCGUGCGCCGGCGCAAUCUGCGCGCUCAUAUGCUACUGAGGCCAAGGCUACGGGUCAGGUGAAGACCGUCAUUGGUGCUGUCGUUGACGUGCAGUUCGAUACGGAAAGCCUUCCCCCUAUUCUCAAUGCCCUCGAGGUUCUUGACUUCCACGGUGGCCGCCUCGUUCUGGAGGUCGCGGCUCACCUUGGUGAGAACUCGGUCCGUACCAUUGCUAUGGAUGGUACCGAGGGUCUUGUUCGUGGCCAGAAAGUUAUCGACACGGGUGCGCCCAUCAAGAUCCCCGUUGGUACCGCGACAUUGGGUCGUAUCAUGAAUGUCAUCGGUGAGCCCAUUGAUGAGCGGGGCCCCAUCAAGGGUGUCAAGCUCUCUCCCAUCCAUGCCGACCCUCCCGCGUUCGUCGAUCAAUCUACUACCGCUGAGGUUUUGGAGACGGGUAUCAAGGUCGUCGAUUUGCUCGCACCGUACGCUCGUGGUGGAAAAAUUGGUCUCUUCGGUGGUGCUGGUGUCGGCAAGACUGUAUUGAUUCAGGAACUGAUCAACAAUGUCGCGAAAGCGCAUGGUGGUUUCUCCAUUUUCUGCGGUGUCGGUGAGCGUACUCGUGAGGGUAACGACUUGUACCACGAAAUGAUUGAGACUGGUGUUAUCAACCUCGACGGCGACUCUAAGGUCGCUCUCGUCUUCGGUCAGAUGAACGAGCCCCCUGGUGCCCGUGCUCGUGUCGCUCUCACUGGAUUAACCAUUGCGGAGUACUUCCGUGAUGAGGAGGGCCAAGAUGUGUUAUUGUUUAUCGACAACAUUUUCCGAUUCACCCAAGCUGGUUCAGAAGUGUCUGCUUUGCUUGGUCGUAUCCCGUCUGCUGUCGGUUACCAACCCACGUUGUCCACGGACAUGGGUGGCAUGCAAGAGCGUAUUACCACGACGAAAAAGGGAUCCAUCACGUCCGUGCAGGCCGUCUACGUGCCCGCCGAUGAUUUGACAGAUCCUGCUCCUGCCACUACCUUCGCUCACUUGGACGCUACGACUGUGUUGUCGCGUCAAAUCGCAGAGCUUGGUAUCUACCCCGCUGUCGACCCUCUUGACUCGAAGUCUCGUAUGCUUGAUCCCCGAAUUGUUGGUACUGAGCACUACGAAGUUGCAACCGCUGUCCAGAAGAUCCUUCAGGAUUACAAGUCUCUUCAGGAUAUUAUUGCUAUCCUGGGUAUGGACGAGUUGUCGGAGGAGGACAAACUGACUGUCGAGCGUGCUCGUAAGAUCCAGCGUUUCAUGUCGCAGCCUUUCCAGGUCGCACAGGUCUUCACUGGUUUCGAGGGCAAGCUUGUGCCUCUCAAGGAGACUGUCCGGUCGUUCAGGGAGAUUCUUUCCGGUACGCAUGACUCGCUUCCCGAAUCUGCGUUCUACAUGGUCGGCACCAUUGAUGAUGUGAAGGCGAAGGCCGAGCAGCUCGCGAAGGAAAUGGGUGAGUCGUCAUGA